UUUAUUCCCUUGGCCAUGGUCCAGUUCUUGAAUGACAUGGAAAGGGAAAAGCCCAUUCAGUUCACCUCUCGGCAGUUAAGAAUAGCAACAGACAACUUUACCAUCCAAUUGGGUUCAGGUGGGUUUGGGACUGUUUAUAAGGGUAUCAUCAGUAACAACACACCUGUAGCAGUCAAAGUGCUAAAUGGGACUUCUGACAAGAGCAUUCAGAAACAAUUUAUGGCUGAAAUGAGCACAAUGGGAAGAACCCAUCACUUUAAUCUGGCUAGACUGUACGGAUUCUGCUUUGAGUCAACUUUAAGAGCUCUUGUGUACGAGUUUAUGGUAAAUGGCUCUUUGGAUCACUAUUUGUUUAAAGAGGACAAAAAAACUAUUAUAGGGUUCAAGCAACUCCGUGAGAUUGCACUAGGGACUGCAAGAGGCAUCACUUACUUGCAUGAAGAAUGUCCUCAAAGAAUAGUUCACUAUGAUAUCAAACCAGGAAACGUACUCUUGGAUUCAAAUUUUUGUGCAAAAGUAUCCGAUUUUGGUCUAGCAAAACUUUGCAACAGGGAUAGUUCUCACAUAAGUAUGACCGGAGGACGGGGGACCCCAGGCUACGCAGCACCUGAGCUAUGGAUGGCUCUCCCAGUUACACAAAAAUGUGAUGUAUAUAGUUUUGGGAUGCUACUUUUUGAGAUCAUCGGAAGGAGAAGAAACAUGGACACAAGUCUUGUUGAAAGCCAACAUUGGUUCCCAGUAUGGGCAUGGGGCAAAUAUGAAAAGAAACAAUUGAAGGAUUUGAUGAUAGCUUGUGGGAUUGCAGAGGAGGACGAAGAAGUUGUGCAGAGGAUGCUUAAGGUGGCCCUUUGUUGUGUCCAGUAUAAGCCCGAGACUAGGCCUGUGAUGAGCAUCGUUGUGAAGAUGUUGGAAGGGGCUUUAGAGGUUCCGGAACCUCUAAAUCCUUUUACACAUCUGCUUUCAGGGGUUAGUGAGGCGGGUGAUUCUUUGGCUCAAAUGGCAUGGAAUGUUGGUGGCUUAGAUUGGUCUUCAUCUGAAAUGUUAUCCAAAUCUACACUAGUAAACGAAAAAGCCAUUAUGAAGAAAUAUGAGAUCACAAUUGCAUCAGUGUAA